AUGGGCAGUUACAAUUGCGGCCGCUACAAAAGCAUUGCCCGGGCGUACUGCUGUGACACUGCAUUAUAUACUGAGGUCGAAGCUCCAUCGGCACGCCUACAGGUUUUUUCCAAGGCGACUAAGAAUUGGCCGUCGACCCGAUCAUGCGCCGAAGAACCCAUGCUCAAGGGCUCGCUGGAGAAGCGGGCAGUAGGCUAUUUGUUAAACGUAUUGUAUAUACUAAUCCAUGACCUUACAGAGCUGUUGGAACUAUAUUCAAUUAGCAAGACCGAGCACUACAAGGCGUAUGCUGAAGAACCCUAUGACCAGGUAGAGUUCUGUAAUGGCGAUGCUGCAGAGCAAGAUCCUGUCUUGACUCGGCGCAAGGUCCAAUGCAACGAGCAGCGAGAUGUUUCGUUCGUCUUGAGAAACGCACCAAAGCGAAAAUGCUGA